CGGGCCCUGCAUUGUGUAGAGAUUAGAGGCCAGACGGAUGGUGUGGUCGAUCGCGCGAACCCGCCGCUUACUUCGCCGGCGAUUGUACAGAUUGCCGUUCGCGGCCGAUCAGCGAGCGACGCUGGUGAAUGUGAAGCUCAAGUGGGUAAAGGAUCGCGCUCUCGACUCCGUUGUAGCUCGCGAACGCCAUCUCCGCCAAGUUCACCGCCUCCUCGAGCUAAUUUCCACUGAUCCUCGGGGCGGCGUUCCGAUCCAAGAACUCCGAAUCCGACCUCUCCAUCUCGGUAACGUCCGCCACCUACCGUCAGAUUUCCUGCUCCGCUUUCCGGCCCUCUUUCGUAGAUCCUCUGAACUUUCCUCUGGUCGUUCGUCCCCUUGGGUCUACCUCACCGACGACGCCUUCCAGCUUCGCGAGCUUGAGCUCAGCGUCCUCCGCGACAGUGAGCCCGAACUUGUAGACCGCCUACGCCGUCUUCUAAUGCUUACAGCCCAUUUAUCGCUCCCGCUCCAAACUGUCGAGCAGCUCAGCUGGGACAUGGGUUUGCCUUCGGACUACCACAAGAAAAUUCUCCAGUGCUAUCCGCAUUUCUUCGGCCUUGUCCGGCCGGAUGAUGAUGAGCGCGUCUGGCUUAAGCUUUCCGCAUGGGACCCCCUCCUCGCUGUUUCUGAGCUACAGAGGAGUAGCUCCGCUGGCGGAUUUAAUGGUGAUUCUUUGUCCUUUCCGGUGAGAUUUACUAGGGGUUUCGGACUCAGGCGCAAGUGCAUGAUGUGGCUACAAGAGUGGCAGACGCUUCCGUAUACUAGCCCCUAUGCCGACCCGUCCGACCUCGACCCCCGCAUCGACGUGUCCGAGAAGAGGAUCGUGGGGGUGUUUCACGAGCUCCUCCAUCUAACUUUAUGUAAGAAGACCGAGCGUAGCAAUUUGAGUAAUCUAAGAAAACCAUUACGAUUGCCGUAUAAGUUUACGAAAGUGUUCGAGCGCCACCCUGGAAUCUUUUACCUGUCUCAGAAACUAGGUGUGCAAACAGUAGUUCUCAGGGAGGCCUAUGGUGGAGGGCGAGAGCUCUUAAGUAAGCAUCCAUUGGUCAGUAUCAGGGAAAGGUAUGCUGCCAUGAUGAAUGCCGGCAGGCCUGAGAUUUGCGGGAGACAUCUUAUCUCUGAGGAAUCUGAGGUGGUCUCAUCUGAAGUGUGUUACAAAAAUGAGUGAUUUUGAAGACCCAGCUUUGCUUGGUUAUUCUUUGAAGGUGAAUCUACAAUAUAUAUUAAGGGUAAGUGGUGUCAUGGAGUUGAAGAGUUAAUGAAUCACUUAUGCUAUUGAAUUCUUAUAUAACUCGAUUACUCUUAGGAAACAAAAUGUUAGCAUGUUGUAGCCUUUACCAAUGCAUGGUUUUCUUCUUUAAUGGCAUCUCCAACCGAACUCCAAAUGCUUGAAUGGCGUCGUUCGCAAGCUCUAGCUGAACGGUAAAACUUCCGUUAUUUAGUUGCGGGUGAACAGUGGGACACCAAUAUUAACGUUGCACUGUUCAUCUUUGCCAUUUUUCUGUCUCUAUCGAACUUGCUGAAGAAACCCGCGAAAGAAGAGAAAGACCGUUACCUUCGCAAAAGGGGGCAAAAUGGAGUUCGAUUGGAGAUGUAUCUUGGCAUUUUGGAGUUAAAAAUGAUAUUUUCGGUUGGAGAUGGUCUUAAUGGUUGGCAUUAUCUGUAAUUGUGCUAUUUGUACCAGUUUCAUAUUAUGAUUGGACUAGGGAUUGUUGGUAAGGCAGGAAUGGGCACUUGAAAUAAAUUAAUUUUUGGAUUACACAUAAA